AUGAUGAGUGAUCGAUGUUCAAAUUCCUACUGUAUUGGUCCACCGCCACUAUUUUCUCUUCGACCACCACCAAAACCGCCGGCAUUUGAACAAUUUCAAAUUGAAAUAUUAAAUGGUCAAUGUCUUCAUCGACCAUUAAUUGUUCAAAAUACAAAUGGUGAUCGUAUUAGUGCAUCAUCGCAUCAAACUCUUCCUACUGAAAAAACGAAUUGGAUCAAUGUAUUUCUAUUAUUAUUAGCCUUGAUUAGUAUUAUAUGUUGUAUUAUUAUUGCUACAUUUAUUUUCAUCUGUCUUAGGAAAUUAAAAAAAGAAGAAAAGCAAUAUAAAAGUUAUGUUAUGGGUUCAUUAAUUUCACGCAAAAGUGCUACUACCAGCAACGGAGAUUAUGCUAUCAAGUGUCCUGCAGGUUGUUGUGAAGAAUAUCAUCAAAUUGUUCAUCCUACAUGUUCUAGUCAACCACUACCUUCUUCAACACCCACAUCAAAUAUUCCUCAUGAAAUCUAUUCUCCACCGUCUCAUACGAUUCAUCGUUGUCGAUCUCGCGCAUCUAUGGAUCAUCAUCAAUAUGAAUGUAUUCCUGAACAUUAUCUGUUUGCUACCAUGGAUCGAAAAUCUACUACUACUAAUAAUAAUAAUAACAAUAAUAAUAAUGCUUCGUGUAAUUAUAAUAACUGUUGCUCAAAUACUUUUCUAAAGCAUUAUCAUAUUUGUCAUCAUCAACAACAUAAAACAAAAUCGUCAAUUCAACAUACAGAUACGACUCGUCCUCUCUCUUGUGCUCCUUACUCAACAUUUUCACGAAUUAUUAAACAAUCUCAACAACAAUGCGUCGAUAUUCAUUCAUCUCCACCAUUACAUCCUCUCGAGACAAAUGAACAAUCAACGAGUAAUAGCUGUGCAUCAGAUAAUCUUAGUCGUUGUACAUGUUCAACUCGCACACCCCCAAACGACAAUUUACAAAUAUGUUCAACGUGUAAUCCAAAUGAGUCAACAUCGUUACUUCUAUUAGAACAACCACAGCAACAACAACAACAGGAACAGGAUAAACGUUUGAUACCUAAAACAAAUCCAUUUAUCUCGAAUAAAAUUGUUGAAUCAACAAUCUUAGAUAAAAAGAAAAAUAACCCAUCGUUAAUUGUUGGAGGAAUGAUGAUUGGAUGGACACGUAGACAACGAAAAUCAUCCAUUACAGAAAAUCGAAAAAAUUUUAUAUCAAAUUUAAGAAAAUCAGCUGUACAAUAA